AUCAAUUUCUUUAUGUUUAUGCUUAUGCAAAAGUAUGUCUUCGCGCUUGAGACAAAGGCAGCCAUUUUAAGUGAGCAGAAUGCAUGUGUACAAUGUACACAUAUAUAUUCUGUCCAAUUGUAAAUGGCUGCCUUGGCUUCAUUUGUCACAUCGUUAUUAGUAGCUAGAUAUAUAUGCCAUGAUGAGUAAUGAAGAAUAUAUAGUAAAAACUGUUAUUCAUGCUGGAACAAAAACUAUUAAUUUUAUACCAGGAACAAAAGUUAUAUUUCAUUUCAAAACUACAAAAUGUGAUUUUGACAAAACAUUGAUAGACGAUAGUAGGAUGAUGGGAAGUCCAAUGGAACUCAUAUUAGGAAAAAAAUUUAAGUUAGAAGUAUGGGAAGCUAUUGUACAAAAGAUGUCAUUGAAUGAAGUUGCCUGUUUCAAAGUACAUAAAAGUCUAGUGACUGCAUAUCCUUUUGUUUCCAAAACAUUAAGAGAAGCUGAUAAGCCACAGUCAGAGAAGCGUAAUCAUCAUUGUUGUGGUGUUACCCUUCAGAAUGAAGGUGUUGGUUACGCCGAUUUGAAUGAACUUAUAAAACAUCCUCAAGAUCUGGAAUUUACAAUAGAACUUAUCCAAGUGAUAUUGCCAGAUGAAUAUGAGAAAGAAUCAUGGCAAAUGACAGAAGAUGAAAAGCUUAAAAAUAUUCCGCAUUUAAAGGAAAAGGGAAAUGCUUUGUUCAGAGAAAAAAAAUAUAACAGUGCAGCUGAAACAUAUGCAAAAGCUAUUGGAAUAUUGGAACAACUCAUGUUAGCUGAAAAACCAAAUGAUGAAGAAUGGUUAUCUUUGAAUCAAAUGAAGAUACCAUUACUUUUGAAUUAUGCACAAUGUAAACUUUUAAAUAAGGAAUAUUAUUCAGUUAUUGAACAUUGUUCAACAGUUUUAAAAACAGAACCAGAUAAUGUGAAAGCGCUCUAUCGAAGAGGUAAAGCAUAUAUUAGUGUAUGGGAUGAAAAUAAUGCUAUUAAAGAUUUAAAGAGAGCUGCUGAAAUUGAUCCUUCCUUACACAAUACUGUUGUGAAAGAAUUACAAAUAUUUGCAGCAGCCAUUAAAGAGAAGAACAAUGCACAAAAAGAAAAAUUAUCAAAGAUGUUUAAAUAAAGGUAUAAAGUUUAGUUAAAGUUUAGUUAAUCUAAACUUAUUGCAAAAGUAACAUUAAGUCAUUAAAUGUAAUUUUCAUCAAGUCAAUUUAAACCAGUUAAUUUUUUUUAUAUAUAUUUUCUCGUUCAAAAUGAUUAAAGAGACUGGAAUACAAGACUAUUGCAUACAAUUUUCUAUUGUUAAAUCUAAUUUUGUUAUUUAUACAUAAUAUAUUUACUUGAGAGAAACAAAGAUGAUUUGUUGCAUUGAUAUGGAUUGGUGUAACUUUUUACUUUCCAAGCAAGUAUUUACAAUUUAAAAGUUGUAUAAUAUUAAUGUAUGACUAUUACAAAACUAUUAAUCAUUAAAUGUGAAUUAUUUAGGCCAUGUUCCGAUAUUAACUGUCAAGACUGAAAAUCUAUAAUGUACAUGAUGAAAAUUAUAGAUUUUCAGUACUGGCAGUAAUAUCGUAACACUGACUUAAAAACUACAUGAUUUAAUAUAAAUAUAUAUAAGCAAAUAACAUAUAUUUGUAUUAUUUAUUAUUAUAAAUAAGAUAUGUAAAGAAAUAAAAAUGUUACAUUAUUAUUUAAAUACAAUUCAAGAUUAUGUAGAAAUACUUUACAAAAUUUAUGUAUAUACUUUGUGAAAUAGAUAUUUAAAUAAA